ACCUCGUCAGAUGUCGACAGACAUGACAAGGCUAGAUCAUCGCCAUGGUCUGCACGGGCAAGGCGCAAAGUGUGGCUGUGCGUGUUGUGUGAUAGAAGCGCGACGGAUGGACCUCGUUAGCCCCCCGUGGCCAUCGGAUCGGGAUUGGGUUGGCUAUUUUCGGGGGACUUUUGCUUUCCGGGACUUCACAAGACCUUUGUCUCGCUGGUUUGUUUCAUUCACUGUUUUACGGCCCCGAAGAGCGGUAAUGAGCGUCGUGGCGAAGCGUCGUGGACGUGAAUUCCGUGCCGGUAGUGCGUCCACCGGUACGCUCAUUCUCACGAUAGUGCUGAGUGUUGUGGUGUUGUGUGCGGUUCUUGUGCUAAUCCUACCAUGGCCACUACCGUACCACCAGUCGCUGGACGAGAUCAUGCACGAACGGACAGCUUAUUUGCAGGAACAGUGUCGAUCGGCUUCAGUGAAAGCGGAAGGGCUUGGUACAACCCCCCGGUACUACUAUCAGCAAGCAUUCCACAACUACUUCUAUCAGCCCCGUGUUGGGCUGCUCUGGUGCUCGAUCAGCAAAGUGGCAUCCUCCAGCUGGAUGUACCAGUUCAAUCAGUGGGCCGGUGUUCCACGCGAAACGAUCGAUCGCAUGGCGACCGAAAUGAAGGCAUUGGCGCGAGUACACUAUCCUUUACCGACGCGGACCGAUGUCGAGCAAAUGAAACUGCUGUCUGCGGCCGGUGUAGCGAACGAACGUUUGAUGGUGGUGCGCGAUCCGAUGGAUCGGUUUGUCAGUACGUACGAGGAUCUGAUCGUACGGCCCAAGAGCAGCAACUAUCUUCAUCUCCGCCGGUUUAUCCUCCGUGAAGUGCACGGAGUGAAUGUGGCGAUGAUGAAUGAGACCGUCCCGGUACCGAGCUUCGCAGAAUUCACCGAGUUUGUGUUACGCAGGACUAACCUCCUGGAUCCACACUGGAACACAUACUGGAACCUGUGCGAUCCCUGCUUUCUUGAGCCGACUUUUAUCGUGAAGCUGGAAACGUACGAUCGAGAUGUGGCGCAUCUUCUCCAACGACUAAACCUCACCGCUAGCGAGACCGAUCGGUUCGAGGGUCAUCGAUUGAAUGUGAAUCAUGAUAGAGGAGGAAGAGACCAGGCUUCCGCGAUUAAAUCCCGCUCUUUGACCAUGGCCCGUUUGGCGGAACUUACUGCGGAUCAGUUCGAGCGAUUGUACCACCGGUACGAGCUGGACUUUCGAUUGUUCCAGUACGAUGCUAGCCAAUAUUUCGCGCUUUUUAAAUAAGCUGGUAAACUAAAUGCCGUCCCCGGGAUCCCUCGGUUUGGGUGAUUUCAAUAAAAUGUGAUAA